AUGGAGCAAGGUGCAAGUGUGGGGAAACCCUCUGAGCUUACUGAAGAUACCUUGCCACCACAAAUAGCUCCAGAUGAUAAAGUGCCUAGCCAUGAGCAGAAAAUGGAGUUGAAGCCCCUUCUAUCCCACCUCAAUGAAUGGGUCAGCCCAGUACAGGUGGUACAAAAGAAAUCUGGCAUCACAACAGUGAAGAAUGAGCAUGGGAAACUCAUUGCAACUACGGUGCAGAACUCUUGGAUGGUGUGCAUUGAUUAUAGGCGUCUCAACCAGGCAACCUGCAAGGAUCACUACCCACUGCCUUUCAUCGAUCAGAUGCUUAAUCGCCUGUCAGGACACGUUGUUUCUAAUACUAGUAUUUCAGUUGAUCCAGCAAAGGUAGAUGUCAUUUCUGGUUUAGCUUACCCCUCCUCCGUGAGGGAAGUCCACUCGUUUUUUGGUCAUGCAGGUUUCUACCGGCGAUUUAUUAAGGACUUCAGUAAGGUAGCACUGGUUUUAUCCCGAGUGCUGUAG